AUGGGAUCAGACAUAAAAGUGAAUGAACAUUUUAAAAGCCAGUUUAAGGCUUAUCAAGAACAACAGCAAAGGCGGCUGCAAAAUCUAAUGGAGAGGAAGAAGGAAAAGCAGAACACCAAAGGGGAUAAUGACAACACAAAGGAGACUUUCCGAAUCCCAAAUGAUCUAAACCUGUUUGAAACAGGACAACCUGUAAAUGAAGACGACAGCAAAAGGUUGCUUGAGGUUGAGAACGAGCAGCUCCAGGAUCAGCUUCGAGAGGUCCGAGAUGAGAACUGCAGACUAUACAAACUGGUGACAGAGAAAGAUUUUGAAAUAAAGCAACUCCAGAAAAAAAUACAGGAGGACAGAUUGGCUUUGUCAGGGGCAUCUGGUUUAGCUGGAGAUGUUGCAGCUACUAAAAUAGUUGAAUUGGCCAAAAAGAAUCGUGAGAUAACUGCCGAGACUGAGAGUGAAAAAGCCAAAGUGAAGCAACUGAAUAACAAAGUCAAAGAGCUGGAGAGAGAACUACAGACAGCUGUAGAAAAAAUACAGUCUCUUGGUGGUGAUGAUGCAGGAAUCAAGCAAUCAACUCUGAAGAUGAUAGAAGGAAACUUGGCUGAAAGCCCAAAGGUGAAAGCAUUGCAAGAAAAAUUAACCACAGCCAACUUUAAAGUGAUGGAGUAUCGUAACCAACUCCAGUCUGCAAAACAGGAACUGAAGAUGACCCAAAAGCUUUUAGCAAAUGAAGUCGGUGAAGAUGUGAAUAUUCAAAGUCUCUUGACCAAUUCUGGCAGCUGGCGUGGACGAGCCCAGCAAAUUCUUGUUCUCCAAAGCAAGGUUCGAGAGCUGGAGAAUCAGUUGGGUCAAAACAAGACCAGAACAUCACUGAGUGAGAUUGAUGAGGAAUUGCUGGCACUUACUGAUCCAAGGAAGUUGUCGGCCCAAGAGAAGAACUUACUGAAGAUUCGCAGCUUGGAAAAAGAAAAGAAAGAAACUUUGGAGAAACUCACUGAGGAACAUGAUGCUCUCCAAAAAAGUCAUGAGGAAGUGAAAAAAAAACUCGACGCAUCAAAAGCCAGGAACAAAGUACUGUGCAGCGAAGUGAAAACCCUGAAGGGACAGAUCGUAACCUUGCUGGAGAAAGGAAAACAUGACGAUGAGCUCAUAGACGCCUUACUGAGCCAACAGAAGCAAAUGCAGGAGAUCUUAAAGCACCUGAGCCAGCAGGACGAGAAGAACAAGGAGUCCCAGCAGAUGUUAGGGCAGCACUUGAACAGUGAGGUUCAGAAACAAAACUGCCUUAUAGAGCAGCUCAGACAGAUGGUGGCUGAACGAGAAGCAAAGGUUAAAGAGCUGGAAGAGAAGAUUGGGCAACUCACACUUCAGAAGAAAUCUGCCCAUCAAGGAGAUGAUUCAGGAGCUGCUGAUACACCACCUUCUGAGCACUCAGAAGAUCCAGGUUUUACUCUGCCUCUGGCAUCAGGCAGCAAUCGGGUUGGAAGGAUUGGAUCUGCUCGCACAGUGUCCAAGAUGGGCCACACACUUGUUGAGUCGGCAGCUACUAAGCCUUCCCUUCUCAGUAAUAACAUCACACCUGGAAGGCUUGCUGGCACUGACAGCCUGGAUUUGAAAGUGCUGCAGACACAGAUCACAGAGCACAAGGCGCUCUGCCAGGCUGCUGAAGUGGAAAGAGACAGGCUCCUGGAACUGGUCACUGUGCUGCAGAAAAGGGUGGAAGAAGGCAGCGAUAAAGUCCUAGAAGCUGAGAAGAGGCUUCAGGAAGAGCGGCGGCGAUGUGUCAUUUUGGAACAGCAGCUUGGAAAACUGCAAAUGGAUCCAGGGAGGAACACAAGUGCUCAGAAACCUCCCCUGAGGAGCAAAACAGGCCAGUCUGCGAGUCACUCAAGACUCACCUUGAAUGUGAGUGAUAGGAAGGAGCUCUCCGCAGCCCAGCUUUCCAAGUUGCCUCUGGAAUCGCAGAUAGAGGAGCUGAGCACAAGGCUUGUGAUCCAGCUGGAUGAGAACGAAGCUCUGAAGGCCGCUUUGGAGACUACUGUGAGAAAGAAAGAGGAAGACUUUAAACUGUAUCAAGACACAAUGGACCAAGUGAAGGAUAUCUUUUUACAGGCCAUUCGGCAGCAGAAACAAGAGAAGAGUUAAGCAAGAUAUUCAGAGUCCUGGGGACUGCAAAGCAAGGAGAGAGCCCAGGCAUCGUGCCCAUGAAUUGAAAUGCAGUGGCAGUGUAGUUUUGCAGCCUCAGUUCAUGUCAUUUCUUUAGCGUUUGCAGAAAAGGAUGAGAAAUGGAGAUGAAAUAC